CAAAACCCUAGAUAUACGGCGCGCUCGCCUCCCUCCCCGCCCAAUGCGAUCACCGCCGUCGCCGCCAUGAGCCUCUCCUCCCUCUCCCGUGCCCUCGCCCGGUCCGAGCGCUCCUCCCGGCAGCGCCAGGGGUCUCUGCUCCGGGGGCAUGGUGGGCUCCGUGCAUCGCUGCCAUUGUCGCCGCCGCCGCCUCCGCGGCUGCCCAGCGGUGAGAGCGGCGGGUUGGGGUUUUUGCGCAACUAUGUGACGUCAUUUGUCGGGAAUCGGACAGUGGUGGCAACCGGUGCAGGGAAGGGCGGUGACUGGAGGUUCCUGCUGGCCAACCGGCAGUUCCGGCGGCAAUUCUCCGACGAGUCGAACAAAAACUACGAGAAGAACUCCGGGAAGGAGAAAGAGAAGGAUGAAGGGGGUGAGAGUGAUAAUUCCGACUCAAAGAAGCAAUCCAGUUCAGGUGAUCAAUGGAAUUUUCAGGAGAUCAUUAAACGAUUCAAGGACAUGAUUGCUCCUCUAUUCCUUUUUGGCCUGUUUUUGUUAUCUGUGCCAGCCUCUUCAUCAGAGCAAGAGAUAAACUUCCAAGAAUUCAAGAAUAAGUUGUUGGAACCUGGUUUUGUUGACCACAUUGUUGUUUCAAACAAAUCAGUUGCUAAGGUUUAUGUCAGGAGUUCUCCUUCAAUUGAUCGAAUUCAGGAUAGUGAUAUCCACCAUAUCACGACAAGUCAUCUUCCUGGAAUAGAGUCUCCUAACAGCUACAAGUAUUACUUCAACAUUGGAAGUGUUGAUUCCUUCGAGGAGAAGUUACAAGAGGCCCAGGAAACAUUGGGUAUAGAUCCACACUAUUAUGUCCCAGUCACUUAUGCUGCUGAAGCAAAAUGGUUUCAGGAAGUAACGAAGUUUGCCCCGACAGUUCUAAUUAUUGGAUUAAUAUAUUUAGUUGGGAAAAGGAUGCUAAAGGGAUUUACUAUUGGUGGUGGUCCUGGUAAAGGAGGCCGUAGCAUUUUCAAUAUUGGAAAAAUCCAAGUGACAAAAAUGGAUAAGAACUCCAAAAAUAAGGUGUUCUUUAAGGAUGUAGCUGGCUGUGAUGAAGCCAAACAAGAAAUUAUGGAAUUUGUUCAUUUCCUGAAAAAUCCGAAGAAAUAUGAACAACUGGGAGCAAAAAUACCAAAGGGUGCUCUUCUUGUUGGUCCCCCUGGCACAGGAAAGACACUCCUUGCGAAAGCUACUGCAGGAGAGUCUGGUGUGCCCUUCUUAUCUAUUUCUGGUUCAGACUUCAUGGAAAUGUUUGUUGGUGUCGGACCAUCCAGGGUGCGGAACUUAUUUCAACAAGCUCGGCAGUGUUCACCUAGCAUUGUGUUCAUUGAUGAAAUUGAUGCAAUUGGUCGUGCUAGAGGCCGUGGAGGGUUUUCUGGUGGACAUGAUGAGCGUGAAAGCACAUUGAACCAGUUACUUGUAGAGAUGGAUGGGUUUGGAACUACAUCCGGUGUUGUUGUUCUUGCUGGUACCAAUAGGCCUGACAUCCUGGAUAAGGCUUUGCUAAGACCAGGAAGAUUUGAUCGUCAGAUAAGUAUUGAUAAACCAGACAUAAAGGGUCGUGAUCAAAUAUUUCGCAUCUACCUUAAAAAGCUGAAACUGGACGAUAAGCCAUCAUUUUAUUCACAAAGAUUAGCUGCUUUGACACCUGGAUUUGCUGGAGCUGACAUUGCCAAUGUUUGUAAUGAGGCAGCUUUAAUUGCUGCAAGAAGCGAGGGCACACUCAUUACGAUGGAAGAUUUUGAAUCCGCAAUUGAUAGGGUUAUCGGAGGCUUGGAAAAGAAAAACAAGGUCAUUAGCAAGCUGGAGCGCCGAACUGUUGCUUACCAUGAGUCUGGUCAUGCUGUUGCUGGAUGGUUUUUGGAGCAUGCCGACCCACUCCUUAAGGUCACAAUUGUUCCUCGUGGAACAGCAGCGCUGGGUUUUGCUCAGUAUGUACCAAAUGACAAUCUCUUGAUGACUAAAGAACAGCUUUUUGACAUGACCUGCAUGACACUUGGUGGCCGAGCUGCUGAGGAGGUUUUGAUUAGGAAGAUCUCGACUGGUGCACAGAAUGAUCUUGAGAAAGUUACUAAGAUGACUUAUGCGCAGGUUGCAAUAUAUGGCUUCAGUGAAAAGGUUGGCCUUCUUUCUUUCCCUCAAAGGGAGGAUGGUUUUGAGAUGAGCAGGCCAUACAGUAGCCAGACGGCAUCCAUCAUUGACACUGAGGUGAGGGAAUGGGUUGCUAAGGCCUAUGAAACAACUGUCGAGCUUAUAAAGAAACACAAAGAUCAAGUAGCACAAAUUGCCGAGCUGCUGCUUGAGAAAGAGGUCAUCCACCAGGAUGAUCUUGUCCGGAUUCUAGGGGAACGCCCAUUCAAGACACUGGAGCCAACUAACUAUGAUCGAUUCAAACAAGGUUUUGAAGAUGAAGGUAGCAGUAAUAGUGCUGAAGUGUCAGAUGUAGAUGGAACAUCAUCCCUUGAACAGGCCGUGCCAUCUUAACUUAGACAAAAUUGUAGGUGUAUAUUGCAUGCUCGUUGAAGGUACUUUUAAUC